AUGCAACUUCUCUCUGUAAUCUGGAUUAUCGCCGGAUGUGCAGCAUUCGUCGCUGCCACGCUCGUAGACGACGAAGAGUUAGGUACUUAUCAGAUACGUCGGUGCGGAAACGAGCCUUCUGACGAAGAAGUCGAGGAGAUUGAGAGACGCUUCGCUGCUUACUACAGCCUGGCUGGCGAGCCGGAAGUUCCAACAUAG